AUGCAAGGAUUCAUUGUCUAUGUUUUAGUUCUUUAUUUUAUUUCACCUUGUCUGUGUAUAAGGUUCAAUGUUAGAACCACAUCUGAUACUACUUAUAAUGUGAUGCAAUAUGGUGCAACUGGCGAUGGCAAAUCUGAUGAUACAAAAGCAUUUUCAAGUGCAUGGAGCAAUGCAUGUAAAGCAGAAGGAAAGACAACAUUAGUUAUACCAUCUGGAAAAUCAUUCUUGGUGAAGAAAGUAGAUUUUAGCGGUCCAUGCAAUGCUGAAAUUCUCAUUCAGUUUGAAGGAAAAAUAGUUGCACCUUCUAAAGACGCAUGGGAAGCUAGACCAUAUUUGAUUGAGAUCGAUAGUGUAAAUGGACUCACAAUUGAUGGCAAUAAUGUAGGAGAAAUCGAUGGAAAUGGUGCUACUUGGUGGGAUUGUUCAGAUUGUAAAAGACCAGGGGUGUUCCAUUUUCAUAAAUGCGACAAACUUAAUGUUAGUAAUCUUGCGAUUAGUAAUAGUCCAAGAUCUCAUGUAUCUGUUAAUGAGUGUAAUGGUGCAACAAUCUCUAAAAUAUCCAUUGAUGCACCUGAUUCAAGUCCUAACACUGAUGGAAUUGAUGUUUCUGAUUCCACUAAUAUCUUGAUACAAGAUUCCGACAUAAAAUCAGGUGACGAUUGUAUCGCUAUCAAUGGUGGCACCUCUUUCUUGGACGCUAAGAUUACUUGUGGACCAGGCCAUGGGAUAAGUGUUGGUAGCCUUGGUAAAGAUGGAGCUAGUGAUCAAGUUUCUAAUAUUUAUGUACAAAAUUGCACCUUUAAAGAAACUACCAAUGGAGCAAGAAUCAAAACAUUUCCGGGUGGAUCAGGUUAUGCAAAAAAUAUUACAUAUGAACAAAUCAUCCUUGAAAAUGCUAAGAACCCAAUAAUCAUAGAUCAAGAAUACAAUAAUUAUCUGCAGGAAACAUCUGUAUCGGUGAGUUCCGUAACAUUUCGAGGAUUUAGCGGAACUUAUGCUGGCAAAGUAGCUAUUAAUUUAGAUUGUAAAAACGAUGCUUCUGUUAUUUGUAAAAAUGCACAUGGAAAAGCUACAGAUACUAUUCCAAAUGUCCCUUGCCUGUCUAAUUAA